AGGCGCGAGCGCCGGCCCGAGGAGAAGCGACCCCGCACGGCCUUCUCGGGCGAGCAGCUGGCGCGCCUCAAGCUGGAGUUCGCCGAGAACCGCUACCUGACGGAGCGCCGGCGCCAGGCGCUGGCGCGCGAGCUGGGGCUGAACGAGGCGCAGAUCAAGAUCUGGUUCCAGAACAAGCGCGCCAAGAUGAAGAAGGCGUCGGGGCGGCGCAACCCGCUGGCGCUGCAGCUGAUGGCGCAGGGGCUGUACAACCACUCGACGGUGCCGCUGGACGAGGACGAGGAGGCGGCGGCCGCUGCGGCGGCGGCCAAGGCG